AUGUUUAAUUUUAAAAAAUAUAUAUUUUUUUUAAAAAAUAUUAUUAAUGUAAAAAAUUUUAGUUAUUAUUUAAUUUUAGAUAUAAGAAAUUUAGAUUAUUUUUAUAUUUUAUAUAAUAAAUUACUUAAUAAAAUAAUUAAAUAUUUUUAUAUAUUUUUUAUAAAUGAAUAUAAUUUAUUUUAUUUAUUAUUUAAUAAAUAUAAAUAUAUAUAUUAUAAUGAUAAUAAUAAUUGUAUAAUAUAUAAAUUAAAUUUAUAUAUAAUAGGAAUAAAUUAUAGAUUUUAUUAUUUAAAAAAUUAUAAUAUUUUAAUAUUUAAAUUAAAAUAUAAUCAUAAGAUAAUAAUUAAAUUAUCUAAUUUAAUAUUAUGUAAUAUAUAUAUAAAUAAAAAUAUAAUUUAUUUUUAUAGUAAUAAUUUAUUUAUUUUAAAUUAUAUAGGUAAAUUAAUAAAUUCAUUUCAAUAUGUUAAUAAAUAUAAAGAAUUAGGAAUAAAAAUAUUAUGA